GAGAAACACAGGGGAGUGGACUGUAACCCUGAAGCAAAAACCCCUCUUCGUCUUCGACUCUCUCCCGCCCCUGUGUGGAUUCAUCUUUGUCUCCCUCCUGUGUAUUCAACCAUCACCUCCUCUCCCUCUUUGUCUCUGUCUCUCACCGCCCCUGUGUUCAAGCUGGAGUUAGCAUAGAAGAACAGACUCGAGAAUCUGGUAAGGAGCAAAAGAACAGACCUUUUUAUCCAUCACGACGACGACUCCAUAAACAAACCUCCGCUCUAUAUCAUUCUCUCUCUCUGUCUACAUUUCCUUUUAGGGUUUGGUGCCUCGGGAUAAGAAUUUCUGCAAGAGAAAAGGGGUGAGCCCAAUCCCUGCAUCUUUAAUGGCCGGCAAAACUUCUUCUUCGUCUUCUCUGAAACGGAAGAGGAAUAUUGGAGCAAAACCUGACGUGAAAAGAUUGGAUGUACUGCCUUGGAACUCAUCUCUUCCCGAAGAGGAUCCGUUUACGCUUUUUGAUGGAUCCAAUGACCUCGAAGGAGGAUUUCUUUCCCUUGAAGAGAUUGAUGAAUCCAAGUAUGGUUUUGUGAUUCCUGAACCUGGAAAGGGGGAAGAAGUAGUAGUAGUAGAACCUUCUCAUCCCUCCAAAUCGAAGAAGCGGAAACUUCAGGAUGCUGAUGGCGGUCCUGCUUACGACUCUGAAGAUACUGCAGAAGAGAAAGUGGAGGACGAGAAGAAGACAAAGAAUAAAAACAAGAAGAAGAAGAAGAAAAAGAAGCAGCAAAACAUAGUACCAGAUGCCGUUGAACCAGAGGCCAAUGCCAACAAAGAUGUGGAAGCAGAGUCGGUUGUUGAUGAAACUGAGUUUUAUGCAUGGAAUGAGUUGAGGCUCCAUCCUAUGAUCAUGAAAUCAAUAUACAGGCUUGGAUUCAAGGAGCCCACACCCAUACAAAAAUCUUGUAUCCCUGCUGCUGCACAUCAAGGCAAGGAUGUCAUUGGUGCUGCUGAGACGGGAUCUGGUAAAACACUUGCAUUUGGGCUGCCCAUCUUGCAACGUCUCCUCGAGGAGCGAGAGAAAGCUGCAAAAUCAUCCUCAGAGGAAGGCAGUUUACUGGAGAAAGGUCCUCUUCGGGCUCUUAUUGUGACUCCUACAAGGGAGCUUGCCUUGCAGGUCACUGAUCAUCUCAAGGAAGUUUCCAAAACUAUCAGUGUCAGGGUGGUUGCCAUUGUUGGUGGAAUGUCGACAGAAAAGCAGGAGAGACUUCUGAAAGCGAGGCCUGAGAUUGUUGUUGGAACUCCAGGGAGGCUCUGGGAGCUUAUGUCAGGAGGAGACAAACACCUUGUUGAGUUGCACUCGUUGUCUUUUUUUAUAUUGGAUGAGGCCGAUCGAAUGAUAGAGAGUGGGCAUUUUCAUGAGUUGCAGUCUAUUAUUGACAUGCUUCCCAUGGGUAUUGGCUUUGUUGAUGGACAUAACCAAGCCACACAGAACUGUGUGACAGUUUCUAAUGUCCAGAGAAAGAAAAGGCAAACACUCGUCUUUUCUGCUACUAUAUCUCUGUCAGAUGAUUUCCGGAAAAAGUUAAAGCAUAGAUCACUUAAAUCAAAGAAUUUCAUGAAUGAUGGCAUUAGUUCUAUAGAAACUCUUUCUGCGCGAGCAGGGAUGAGAGCUGAUGCUGCUGUUGUUGAUUUGACAAAUGCUUCAAUUGUGGCAGAUAAACUUGAAGAGUCAUUUAUCGAAUGCAGGGAAGAGGAUAAAGAUGCUUAUUUAUACUAUAUUUUAAGUGUUCAUGGACAAGGGCGAACAAUUGUUUUCUGUACAUCAAUUGCAGCUUUACGUCACAUUUCAUCCCUAUUACGUAUCCUUGGCAUAGUUGUUUGGACCCUACAUGCUCAAAUGCAACAGCGAGCUAGAUUGAAGGCAGUUGAUCGUUUUCGUGGAAAUGAACAUGGUAUACUUGUUGCCACUGAUGUUGCAGCAAGGGGCCUUGAUAUUCCGGGUGUUCGAACUGUUGUUCACUAUCAGCUUCCACAUUCUGCAGAAGUUUAUGUUCAUAGAAGUGGAAGAACUGCUAGAGCUUCUGCUGAUGGGUGCAGCAUUGCAUUAAUAUCUCCAAGUGAUAGAUCGAAAUUUGCUUCUUUAUGCAGAUCAUUUUCAAAGGAAAGUCUUCAACGGUUUCCUCUAGAUAACUCUUACAUGCCAGAGGUUAUGAAACGAUUAUCCUUGGCACGUCAAAUAGAUAAGAUUUUGCGGAAGGAUUCAGAGGAUAAAGCGAAGAAAAGUUGGCUGGAACGAAGUGCUGCAUCAGUUGAAAUGAUUCUAGAGGACCAUGAUGGUGAGGAAGAAAGAGUCAACAAUUAUACGAAAAAGAAAACCAAAUCUAUUCAUUUGCAGAAGUUACAGCAGGAGCUGAAAGUGAAUCUUUCAUGCCCAUUACAGCCAAAAACAUUUUCUCGACGCUUUCUGGCUGGGGCUGGUGUUUCUUCCCUUCUUCAAAACCAAUUUGAAGAAUUGGCUAAGCAGAAAAUGGGUGAAAAUGGGGGUAGUGGGGAAAACAAAAGAGGGAAACUCACGGUCAUUGGUCAGGAUUGUGUGGAGCCACUUCAGGCACUUCGUAGUGCUGGCCAUGAGGCACGCAAUCGGAUAGAUUUGAAAGAGAUGGCUGAGAAGCAAUUAAAGAUACAAAAUAUAAGAAGCAAACGAAAAGAAGAAAGAAAACGUUUACACGAGAAGCGAAGGAAAGAGAGGAGGAGACUCAAAUGUGGCAAUGAAUAGAUAGAUUGGUUCAGUAGAUGCAUGAAUAUCAGGAAAAUUGAGAAAAGUAACAAAGUGUUAUCCUUGUUAUCAGGAUUUGUUUAUCUUAAGUUGUAUCAUUGGGCAAAAGGUGUUUUAGGAGUGGUUUUGUUAUUUUCUUUUUUAAUGCUACUUUUUUAUUGCUUGUAUCCAAUUUAUAAAGUUGCAUCAUUCCUCUGCGUAGAUAGAAGAGGAAAAGGAGGAGAUGAAAACGACUAUGGUAAUGUCGGAACAUUGAAAUUAUAGGGAAAGUGAGGGUUCAAGUA